UCUAGUCAGUUUCACUUUUAAAUCCUAUAUCCUUUGUAUUUCUUCUCGGCGAACGCUGCAGGAGAGGAAGUGGGGAAGAAUGCUGCUGGCCGUUCUCUUCGCCAACACCGACGGCAACAUCCUCAUCGAACGCUUUCAUGGAGUUCCUGCUGAAGAAAGACUACAUUGGCGGUCUUUCCUGGUAAAGUUAGGAGCAGAGAAUCUUAGAGGAGCUAGAAGUGAAGAGCUUUUUGUUGCUUCACACAAGUCUGUGUAUAUUAUAUAUACCAUGCUUGGGGACGUCUGCAUUUAUGUUGUUGGAAAGGAUGAAUAUGAUGAACUGGCUUUGACCGAAGUGAUCAAUGUGAUCAUAUCAUCGGUGAAGGACGCAUGUCGGAAAACUCCAACCGAGCGCCUCUUCCUCGACAAGUAUGGGAAGGUUUGCUUAAGUCUGGAUGAAAUUGUUUGGAAGGGGAUGCUGGAGAAUACGGACAAGAGUAGGAUCCGACGUCUAAUAAGGUUGAAACCUCCAACAGAUUUCUGAUCUUGAGGUUGCUUGCUAUUCUAUAGUUUGUUAGGUUCCACAAUUGAAAUCAUGUGAUUUUUUUUUUUUCCCAUUUGUGUCUUCAACUUCUAUUGCUGUUUAUUGCUUUUGAGUAAUUGUAAUGCAAGAUCAUGUUAAGCAAGUUUUCUGAGGUUGCAGAAUAAUAAUAUUUCUGUUUUUGCAACAACAAA